AUGAGUGUGAGUAGCUUCGCAGUGCUUCGGGCGGCUGCUCUCAAGAGCAAUGCCAGAUAUCAAUCCUUCUUCUUGCUCGACAAGGAGGAAGGCUACCCCGAGGUACACUACACAGAUGUGAUGUCGAAAGAUGCAUCUGUGCUAGAGUGGUUGGAGAAUAUCUGGAAAUGGGGAUUCUGUUUUGUCAAAGGUGUUCCUGUCGACCCCGAGUCUACCAAGACUUUAAUCGAAAGAAUUGCUUUUAUUCGUCACACGCACUAUGGCGGCUUCUGGGAUUUUACUGCCGAUCUCACCUUUAAAGACACCGCAUAUACUAACGAGUUCUUGGGCGCCCAUACCGACAACACCUAUUUCACGGACCCUGCAAGACUUCAGCUCUUCCAUCUUCUGUCCCACACAGAUGGAGAUGGCGGGGCCAGCUUGUUGGUUGAUGGAUACGCGGCUGCUCGCCAACUUCGUGAAAGAUACCCUCAAUCCUACCAGGCCUUGAUACGUUACCGGCAUCCUUGGCAUGCAAGCGGGAACGAAGACGUCUGCAUCCAGCCUUCUUCUCGCGCCCCGGUACUUUCCGUUCACCCGGACAUGAAUACUGUCUACCAAGUUCGCUGGAACAAUUAUGAUCGGGCACCGAAAAGUGACUGGAAUAUAAAUCAGCAGCAGGCGUGGUACAAGGCGGCUGCACGUUACAACAAGAUACUGCAAGAAACGAACCGGCAGAUAUGGAGGCAACUCGAACCUGGAACGGCAUUGAGUGAGUUUGCACUAAUCUGA